AUGAAAAAAGCAGAGACACACGAUACAUGUGCAGAGAGGCGCGUUGGUUUCCCAAGGAGCUGUCCGGGCGGGAGCCCCACAGUGUCAUUUCGGAGAGCAUCAGAGUGGAAAAUAAUGCCCACACCACCCCCACCACUCCCAUCACACCACACACACAGAGCUGAUAUGCCGGUGUUUCUCCAGUUGCAACACCACCAAAAACACAGUGCUGUCGUCCAGUGUGGUCCGAAUAGUCCAAAUACACCCCAAAAAGACACAAAGAUAUGGACGCAUUCCAAGGUGUUUGCACCGCACCCCAUUGUAAUGGUCGGCAGUGUGCACCGUGCACCCUAG